UCAGAAUUCAGCGACUACAACUUUCCAGUUCAUCUUCUACUACGUUUCACCGCUUCUCAGCCUGUCAGCCACCGGCGCACUCGCUCAACAGCCAGACAGCCACCGCCGACCUCUUCCAGCCAGUCGGAAGCAGCAGCACGGAGCCACUCCCCAGGUCGACAACACGCUGCAGAUGCACCCAGGUUUUGUAGAAUGAGACAUGCUAAGGAAGAAGCGUCAUGUAGUGCUACACAAGUUAUUGACUUAGUUUCAGCAGUGAAGGAGUUACAUGGGAUUAACUCUCAGGAACUUAAUAAAUUACCGAGGGACUCUGAAAGUUUUACUAUUCAGUAUGUUACUGAAAAAGGAUCAAUUUCAAAAAAGAUUGAUGUGGAAAAGCUUGCGGGCUUUCUUCCGCUGCACCUUAUUGCGGUGCUUAUGUCAUCUGACAGAGAUGAAGCUCUGUUCAAAUACCUAUCAUGUGGUAUCAGGCUUUUGCACUCCUUGUGUGAUUUAGCACCUCGACAUGCCAAACUUGAACAGGUUCUGCUAGAUGAUGUAAAAGUGUCAGAGCAGCUGCUUGACCUGGUGUUUUAUAUACUAAUUGUUUUUGGUGGUUAUGAACAGAAAAAUCAUAAUUUUGGUAUGGCACCCCUGAUGCAAUCUGCACUGGUUGCAUGCAGUCUACAUUUACUAACCGUUUGUAUAUCUUCGCAAUGGCAAGAUCUUGUUCAAGUAUUGCUUGCACAUCCUAAGGUUGAUGUGUUUAUGGAUGCAGCUUUUGGAGCAGUUUGUGUUUCCAUGAAGUUUCUUAAGAUCAAGCUGUCAGCUCAACAGGAUGAUUUCUGUACAAAAUCAAGUUUGACUAGUGAGCAAAUAGUUCACUUUUUGUGCCAGCAAUGCGAAGCCUCUUUACAGUUUCUUCAAUUGCUGUGCCAACAAAAGUUGUUUCGGGAACGAUUACUCAGGAAUAAGGAACUAUGUGGAAAAGGUGGUGUUCUGUUUCUGGCUCAAGCCAUCUUGAAGCUAAAUGCCGUGCCUCAGUUUGCGACAUCUGCAAGAGUUCUGGCUGCUGUAUCUAGGCUCAAAGCUAAAAUACUUUCAAUGCUAUUGAGCCUUAGUGAAGCAGAAAGUAUGUCUUACCUGGAUGAAGUUUCCAGCUCGCCAGCAAGCUUGGAUUUGGCAAAGUCUGUUGUAUUGGAGGUUCUUGAGGUAAUGAAGACUGCUUUUGGAAAAGACCCCAGAUCUUUUGCUGCAUUUCCUGAUAGAAGUUACCCGGUGGGGCUUUUGCAACUCAAUGCAAUGCGCCUAGCCGAUAUAUUUUCCGAUGAUUCAAAUUUCCGAUCCUACAUGACACAUUACUUUACUAAAGUGAUCACUGCAAUAUUUUUGCUCCCACAUGGAGAUUUUGUAUCCUGUUGGUGUUCUUCUGAACUCCCUUUGAAGGAAGAAGAUGGCAGUAUUGAGUAUGACUCAUUUGCAACAGCUGGAUGGGUUUUGGAUGUAUCCUCAUCAGUUGACCAACUAAAUGCAACAAGUUUAGAAUUUCCUGUUACUCCCAGUAUUGUGACCCAGGCUUCUUAUUCACAUCAGAGAACAGCCUUAUUUGUGAAAAUAAUUGCAAAUCUCCAUUGUUUCAUUCCCACCGUCUGUGAAGAACAGGAGAGGAACCACUUUGUUAACAAAUUUCUGGAGUACUUGCAAAUGGAUUUAUUGAACACAUUGCCCGGAUUUUCCCUUGCUUCUGAUACUCCUAAAGCUGCAACUAUUUGCAGAAAUCUACGUUCGUUGCUAAGUCAUGCCGAAUCAUUAAUUCCCAAUUUUUUGAAUGAGGAGGACGUACAGCUCCUAAGGGUUUUCUCUAAGCAAUUACAAUCGUUAAUCACUUCGGCUGAAUCUGAAGAAACCCGAGUUCAGGCAAAGAAACACGAGGAGUCAAUGUAUAGAGAUAAAUUCGCUAAACUCAACAUCAGUGAUCAUCAGGAGGCUCAGAGUACUGGAGGAUGCUCGCCGCCAUUAUUGAGUAAACAACCUUCUAAUCUUAAUAACAGAAGUGCUAACCUAGAGGAAAUGUCUGAGAAUUCUGAUUUUCAAGAUGCGGACCAAGUUGAUGUCAAGGAAGACAAAGGUUUAUCCGGGAAUGCAUCUGGACGUUUUAGGGUGUAUGAAAGAGAAGCUCAUAAUGUUGAAACGAGUGGUUCAGACACAAGCUCAACAAGAGGAAAAAAUGCUGUUGAUCAGAUGGAAAACAGUGAAUUUCCAAAGUCGAGUGCACACGUGAAGGAAAGUGGAUAUGGGGGAACCCCAGACGAUGAAAAGGUUGAAACUCUUCCGUCUGAGGAAAAGCAGCGGAGAAAACGGAAACGAACAAUAAUGAAUGAUAUGCAGGUGGAACUUGUUGAGAGAGCCCUAUUGGAUGAACCUGAUAUGCAGCGAAAUGCAGCCUCAGUACAAUCAUGGGCUGAGAAAUUAAGUUUUCAUGGUUCCGAGGUUACAUGCGCACAGCUAAAAAAUUGGUUAAACAAUCGAAAAGCCAGGCUAGCCCGCACAGCUAAGGAUGUUCGUGCGACACCAGAGGCUGACAAUGCUUUGCCAGAAAGGCAAGCUGGGCGAGGACAAAGGUCCAAUGUCUCCCCCGAUAGUCCUGGUGGAGAUGCUUCCACCCAACAAAAUGCGAGGAGAGAUCCUCAAAUCAUGUUGAGACCUGGUAUUGGAGAGGUAGCCGAGAAUAACGUGGCAGAAACAGUUGGCAGUUCUGCAGAUUUUGCACAGUGCAAGCAAGGUGACUCUGUUGUGCUGGUAGGUGCGAAUGGAGAGCAGAUCGGAAUAGGAAAGGUGUUUCAGGUGCGCGGCCAAUGGUACGGUAGGAACUUGGAAGAGGUGAGGGCGUAUGUCGUGGAUGUUAAAGACCUUAAAGCUAGAAGAUCAACGAGGCUUCCGCACCCGUCUAUGGCCACCGGCGUUUCAUUUGAGGAGGCAGAGACAAAGAUUGGCGUGAUGAGAGUGUUGUGGGAUUCGAACAUGACCUUCUUAUAUCGUCCUCAAUGAGUUAUGUGCAAGUGAAAGGUUAAAUCCCCUCGGCCUCAGUAGAACUAGAAGUCCCCUCUCUUAACUGCAAACAUGUUAUCGUACCUUCUUGUAAUUAGAUUUCGAAAUUUUCUAGCUUUGAAAAAGUUUUAAUUUAGAAAUAAACGCUUCAAACUCAA